CCCUCAUUUAGAUUCCAUCACUCGUCAGCUGUCGGUUCGCGUUUGGUGGAAGUGCAUCGAUUUUGCUAUCAAAUCUAAUCUUAUUUAACGUUCGCUCUGAUACAUAUUAAAUAUUUGUGUUCCUUGCAUACUUUGUGAUUUGGACUUGUGGUUUGUAGACUGAUGGAAGAAUCCCAAGACAAAGCAUCGGAGCCCUUCCCCGGGCCGACGGCCAGGAAGAAGCUGGAGAGGUAUCAACGUGUACAGCAUGAACAAGAUGAUGCCACUUCGGUUUCCAAGCGCAAGUAUAUCGCAUGCUCUUCAGAAAGUUUGAGAUCAACCGGUGUGAGAACCAGAAGAAUGGAGUCCCAAAGUCCGCCAAAGAAGAAUGAAGAUGAAGCCACUUCGAUUACCAAGCCCAAUGAUAUCCCAGGCUCUUCGAAAAGGUCAACCAAAAGCCCGCCAAAGCAGUGCUGCCCUUGUGAUGAGACCUUAAACCCAGAAGUUGAAAAACGUUGGAUCUGGAUCAAAGAUAAAAAUCAAUACUUGUGUUCGAAAUGCGGCGCUAUUCCACCGGUCAGAUCCCACACACCAACCGGCAACGACAGCUUGCCACAAUCAGCCUUAAAUUCAAGUCAACUAGCAAAUCUUACCGAUGAGAAUAAAGACAUCGAGAAUGUUAAAAAUGAGUCUACGGAACGUGAAGCAGAUUCCUCCAAAAUAACAGAAUCUCCACAAUUUAAGGCGAGUCCGCAGGUGAAAAAAGAUGUGGCCCACAAAAACAGCAAUCUCUGGGUAUACUUUGGAAUCCCCUUGGUGAUUGUAAUUGUUGCCAUUGGGGCAUAUUAUGCCAUUGGGGCAUGGUAUGGCUCAAAUUCCCUCAAGCAAACAGGAUCCAGUUGCGAAAAUUUUCUCCAACUUCGCUCCAAGUAUCCCAAGAUGGACGACGGGUUGUGGUCCACUUUGAUCGUGGGCGUCAAUCUAUCCCUCAACCAGGACCCGGGCGAACCGGCCACUUUCAUCUUCUUGUACAAUUCCUCCAGCGUGGGUGAAAUGCUCCUAGACGACGUCACUCGCAUUGCCAUCGAUUGUUUCGGCAGCAAGGGAGCCAUCUGGCGCACGAGCAACGACUUCAAAUCAACCGAAAUCGCCGAGGACUACGGAAACGUCCUGGAUCGGCACCGGGAAGAGCUGAAAUCGAAAAAGAUCCUUGUGGUGCGGGAUCUAGACCAAGUGCCCCCAACGGCGGCCAAGAUAUUCUUCACCAUUUGCGACACGUACGAGCCGUUGGUCCACAAGGCGAUGAUAUUCUUCACCAUUGAUAUCUCCCGGCAGCCGGAGCAGGUUGUCGAGCAGGAUCGCAGUGCCACCUCGAUCGCCGAGGACAUUUUGAAGGGCUUGUGGCGCAAGGAGCUGCAACCGAACACGCUGAAUCCGCUGGUGGUGCGACUGACGGAAAACGUUUUCCGGAUUGACUGAUAACUAUGGUAUAAUACUAGUAGCAUGCAGCUGAAAGCUGAGCAUGCCAUACCGUAGAAUGUAAGAAAAUCUUGUUUAACGUGACAUGAAUUCACUAUAUAUUUUAUACUUUUCUAUUAUCAUC